AUGAGUGAAGUAAUACCAGAAAAAAGUGAAAAUCCCCAAGAUUUCAAAAAACAACGUGAUGAAUUAUCAGCGAGAGUACGAGAACUCAACGAAAAAAUACAAUUAUUAUCAUUUAGCUUGCAACAGCACUUCAUCGAAUUAUACUACAAUUUCACACCAAUUAAGAAACUCGAACAGUUGAAUUAUACCAAUCGAAAAUGUAUGAUAUUUAAGGAAUAUGAAACAUUAAAUGAAUCAAUAACUCAGCUUAAUGAGAAUCUCGAAAGUAAAGAAAGAAACGAAGAGUUCUGCACCAGCUGCAAAAAACUAACAGACACUCUGGACUACCUGAAAACUUUGUGUAUAGUUGUGGAAGGUAGGCCCUUACUAGAUAAAGCUAAUCAUCAAAUGGAGCGAUAUAAUUAUUGUGACGCUAUAGUAAGCGUUAAGGAUCUACUUGUUAAAGUACGGCCUCUAAAGUUUGAAGGAAAUAUGGCUAUAGCACUGAAGAACAUGAUUGAGCAGGCACAGAAUCAAAUUUCAAUAUACAGUGCUCACUUAAGCGUUGAAUGGGAAGAAAUAUUCUCAUGGACUGAAGGAAAGGGUGUUAAUCAACUAUCAUAUUCUUUAUCUGUGCAACAAAGUGACCCUCUUUUAAUUCAAAAGACGUUGAAGUCCUUAUACACGAUAGAUAAAUUGAAUGCAGAGUUAGCAUCCUUUUCUAAUUUCUUCAUAAAUAAACUCCUUCACAACAUAAUAAGGCACAAUUGCGAUAUCAUAUUAACAGAGAACCAUGUGAAAGCUCUUACGUUUAACAUAAACAUAGACCUGAGUGAUCCCAAGAAACCAAACAUUCAAACUAUUUUUAACAACUUAACAGCUCUGUUUGAAUUUUUACAAUCUAGUCUCGGCGCACAAAUGCAGGCUGAUGUUACUUUCAUCGAAGUGUUUGCUAAGUCAAUAAAAAACAGUUUCUUUAAUAAAAUCAUUGAUGAUUGUAUUAGGAAUAACUUGCCGUCUUGCGAUAGCAGUUAUCAAUAUUAUCAAAAUAUUGUUUUGGAAUUGGACUCGUUUAACAAAUUUUUAAUUGACAUAAAAUUUGUUGAUUUUGCAAAAUCACCUUUAAAUAAGUUUAUUAAUGACACUGAAUGUGUUCUGUACAAUAAAAAGUGUAAUAAAUUACUAUAUGAUGUUCGUCAACUGUUGAACCAGAGUCUUACCUAUAGUACAAUGACCACAGGCACAAUUCUUGAAGUGGAUAAUGAAUUAAUGGUGUCAGUAACUCAAAAAGACUUUGUUUAUGAUUUGAAGAGCCCUCUGUUUCUACCAAAAUGUGUGAUAUCACAGAAUGUUGAAAAAAUAAUGAGUAUAAUAGUGGAACACUUGGAGGAAAGUGUUAAGUUACCAGAGAGAUACAGUAACCAGCUAGUGUUAUAUAUCAAGGACAUAGCUGUUAUGUAUCAAAGUUUAGUACCAAGAAAAUUUAAAGUCAACUUACAAUGUUGCCCUUUGGAUAUAGCACUAUUCUUUAACAACUGUUUCUAUCUGGCUCACAGUCUGCUUGGACCUCCAUGGAGGAAUACCUUACCCAAACCACUGGCAGAUCUCCUAAAUACUGCUUUAUUUGAGUGUAUACAAGAUUUGAGGAUUGUUGGUCUGGAGAAAAUUUCAUUAUAUUUGCAGGAUCAAAAGAACACCAUUGUGGAGAAAGUUGAAGCUAAUGAUCUUCCUUGGUCAUUAGAAUCAUAUGACACCUUCAACUAUGCUAUUAAUCAUUCACUCACAUUGAUGAAGGACCUUCAGUCGAACUGGAAUUGCAUCUUACCAGAACGCAUGUAUGAGCUAUCCCUUUGCACUCUGGUGCAGGCGUUAUGUCAGACUAUGUUGGGGCGAUUAUUUUCCGACAUUCACCCCAUAGAUGAAGAACUAGUCUAUAUAUUGGCAGUUAGAUUUGAAGACACAAUAUGUGAUAUUAGAAGUUUAUUUGAGGACCCCUCCAAAUCUGAAGAAAAAGUUGAAGGCUGGAAGAAAUUUAUCAAAAUGCCAAAGCUUCUUAAAGCACAACUAUUAGAAAUAGCUGAACUUUGGAAUACAGAUAAGAAAAUAGUCGCGAGCUAUUCUUGUGAAGAAAUAAGGCAGAUUAUAAAGAUACGAUUCCCAGAUGAUAAAUAUAGGCUCAAAAUUUUGAAGGAAAUACAAUAA